UUUUAGUUCUAAAAUAAUUUGUCAUUGUCAAAAAAAAUUUUAUUGCAUUUUAAAAACAUAGUUGCACCAAUGCACCACAACAAUGAACUUUAAUCUACAGAGAGUUAUAUUAAUUUAUAGCUAUAUUAUAAUAUUUGAAUAUCCCAUAUUGUUGUCGAUGAUAAACGAUAAGUUUUUUAAAGAGUUAAAUAAUUACAAAGUAUAAUAAGCUGGUAAGAAGAAGCUUUUUGCAUUUAUAUUUUGAUGUUGACUCAAUAAGCUAAUACUGGUACCAAUGUACCGUUUCAAUUGUCAUCAACAUAAACUGUUUCAUGGAGAAAAAAAACUUUUAAUUAAGUCAUAUUUCGACGAAAACCGAUAUUGAAUUGUCAUAAAUGAUAAAUAUGUAUAUAAUAUAAUAUUGUAAUAAAGCUGAAGCUUAACCAUGACGGCAUAGGCUUUUUUACUAAACAAGAAAUUAUAAAUAGAAAUAAAUUAAGAAUCAAAAGAAUAAAAAAGUAUUCAGUACAGAAAAAUGUAUUUGACAUACUUUUACUUUUACUCAAAUAUUUUACAACACUGACAAUCUUACAUAGCCUUAUUCUUACUUCUUCUUUCUUCAUAACCUUUUGCUUUAACAUUAUAAUAAUAUAAUAUUAUAUAUUUAUCAUUAAUUAUGCCUUACAGACAAUUUGGUAUCGGUUUUCGUCGAUUUGAUGUUUUUUCUCCAGAAGACAUUUUAUUGUUGACAAAGAUUGUAAAGAUACAACUGUAGUCAGUUUCACUAUUAGCUAUUUAAUUGAAAAACAAACAAUAGAGGACAUAAUAUGGAACCAUUAAGAAUAACUACUGAUGAUUGCGGGAUAAAUUCCAAGUAUAAUGAUAAAAUACACAAAUUGUCUUCAAUCCCACUCAAUAGACAUGACGAUCAAGUAUGUAACGGAAUUAUUAAACAGGAAAAUAUUGAUGAACAAGACGUAUUUAAUGGAAUCAUCAAAGAGGAAAUUAUUGAAGAAAUAGACCAUGACAAUGAUAGUCGAUCAUUUCAAAAAGGAACUAAAACUGAAAAGAAUAUUAACACAAUUGAUACCCAAAUAAAAACUGAAGUAAAUUGUAUUGACUGUUUUGAAUUUGAAGGAACAGUUUUAAGCGAAAGCAAUUCUGCAGAUUUCAUUACUUGUAUGAAUUUGGACUUGACAUCAAACUGCGUAAGGAAAAAUCCAUUGGAUAAUACAGCGUCCAAAUUAACAAAGAGUACAAGGACAUACACAGGUGAAAAAUCGUAUAAAUGUGAUAACUGUGAUAGAGCGUUUUCUCAGAAAUCAAGUUUAAUAAAUCAUACAAGGACACACACCGGCGAAAAGCCUUAUAAAUGUGAUAUAUGUGAUAAAGCGUUUUCUCAGAAAUCAAGCAUAAAAAAUCAUACAAGGACACAUACGGGCGAAAAGCCGUAUAAAUGUAAUAACUGUGACCAAGCGUUUUCCCAGAAAUCAAAUUUAACAAUGCAUACAAGGACACAUACCGGCGAAAAGCCGUAUAAAUGUAAUAACUGUGAUCAAGCGUUUUCUCAGAAAUCAAGUUUAAUAAAUCAUGCAAGGAAACAUACCGGUGAAGAGCCGUAUAAAUGUGAUGAAUGUGAUCGAGCUUUUUCCCUGAAAUCAAAUUUAAUAAGGCAUACAAGGACACACACAGGCGAAAAGCCGUAUACAUGUGUUAACUGUGAUCAAGCAUUUUCUCAGAAAUCAAAUUUAACAAUGCAUACAAGGACACACACCGGCGAAAAGCUGUAUAAAUGUGACAACUGUGAUCAAAUGUUUUCUCAGAAAUCAAAUUUAACAAAUCAUUUCAGGACACAUACGGGCGAAAAGCCGUAUAAAUGUGAUGAAUGUGAUCGAGCUUUUUCCCAGAAAUCAAGUUUAAUAAUCCAUGCAAGGAAACAUACCGGUGAAAAGCCGUAUAAAUGUGAUGAAUGUGAUAGAGUUUUUUCUCUUAAAAAAAAUUUAAAACGGCAUACAAUGACACAUAACAGAUAAAGACCGUAUAAACGUGAUAUCUGUUACCAAUGGUUUCCUCUUCGAACACAUUUAUAUCAAUCAAGACAUAUAAAAAUAAUUUUUUUGCCUUACAUUUUAUUUUAUAAUUUAAAUAACAUAAAAAUGAGUUCUUUAUCAUCAAUAUAAUAUAACAAUAGUUACUACGAUAGUAAAUAAUAACCAAUUAUUACAAUACCAAAUUAACAAAAAAGACACACUCCAUAGUCUGAUAUCAUCAAACAUUUUACGUAAUAAUAAACAGUGAAUUCAUAGACUACUUCCACAUCUAUACAGACGCUUCUUAAACAGCAAAUGAAACCGGCUUCAUCAUGACACAUACCGAAGAUGACAGUCUCCAUAAAAUCGUCCCUUUCUCCAGCAUAUCCACUGCAGAAACUUUCGCGGUACUCGAAGCUAUAAUUUUCUCAUUCUCCAAAAACCACAAUAAUGUCCUCAUCUUAAGCGACUUUUUUAGCGGAAUCAUCUUAAUUACCAUCGUACAUACAAAAUGCAACUAGCCCGAAGCAUUCAGAAUUCAAUCCUUACAAACCACAAAACUAUCAAACUAUUCGAACUCAUGUGGGUUUCAUCACAGACUUUAUCAAGAUAACCGUGCUUACAUCGAACAUCUAGAGCAAUGGAUCGACGACACCUCACUAUAAUAUUUAAAUAAAUCUUUAAAAAAAAAAUUGUUGAAAAUUGAAUGUAUUGAAUUUAUGGACACGA